CUCUGCAUCUAAAAGAUCUGAAAAAUCUGAAAUUCUCCCCUUUCUCCAUUAUAGAAGAUGUCUAUGCUGUAGCUCUAUUAGUGGUGUGGACGUGAAGAGGACACUUUUACACAGCUGAAUGGAAACAGACUGUAAUCCCAUGGAGCUAAGCAGUAUGUCAGGAUAUGAAGAAGGUUCAGAGCUUAAUGGUUUUGAAGGAACUGAUGUGAAAGACAUGAGGCUGGAAGCUGAAGCAGUUGUAAAUGAUGUUCUCUUUGCUGUUAACAACAUGUUUGUCUCAAAAAGUUUGCGCUGUGCGGAUGAUGUGGCCUAUAUCAAUGUGGAAACAAAGGAAAGAAACAGAUACUGCCUGGAGCUCACUGAAGCAGGACUUAAGGUAGUAGGUUAUGCUUUUGACCAGGUGGAUGAUCAUUUACAGACUCCCUACCAUGAAACAGUCUACUCCUUGUUGGAUACGCUCAGCCCUGCCUACCGGGAAGCAUUUGGAAACGCACUUCUUCAAAGACUAGAAGCUUUGAAAAGGGAUGGACAGUCAUGACUAAGCUUUUUUCUUUUAGAGGGGACUGGCACUGGUACGGAAUGUUGACAUAAAGCUUGAAAUUCUUUGCAUAUGGUCAUAGAAAGUAGGUAUUUGGUUUUAUGUCUUUAUCACUUGCUUCAAAUUUAGGCUUUUGACUCACAUGAUCAUUGAAUAAUGAAUUGGUUUAGUUUUUGAUUCACUAAAGGAAUUCUGAGGCUACUGCUGCGAUGUCAUCAUUUAGACAUUCACAUUUCUUCAUAUACUAUGUGCAUUUCAAAUCUUAAUCAGUAUUUCCUUCUUUUAUUACAGGGCUUUGAGGCUGCCAACACUCUCUUUUACAUAGGAAAUUCUAGAUUUGCACAGUAAUACAAGAAUUAGAAUUACCUAACUAUAAACUUAAUUCAGCCUGCCAAAUCAGGGGUUCACUACUAGCUUGGACUGACUUUGUAGUAAGUAUUUUGCUACUAGCCUUAUUGGAAACAAUUAUCAACUAGUUUCCCCUGCACAAAUUUUGAAAUUCACAGCUUCACUUUAUUUGUAUUACUAAUAGGAAUUGAUAAAGAUGAAUUAAUUAUAUAUUACGUAACUAGUAUUAAGUGAAAAACAGGGACUGAAAUAGUUCUCUGUAUUUCAUGUUUGCAACAGCCAGCCAGCUGAGCGGAGGACAAACCGUUAGCAAAUGAAUGUAAUAAUUACUCACUUCUAAGGUAUCUAAGCACAUAAGCAAAUACAGGAACAGUCUCCAUUUUUUUCCUUAACAAAAAACAUCUUCAAUGUGUGUGAAUUAAAGGGAGAUUCUGGUUUCCUAGAAAACAAUAUUUUGGCCUGUGUUGAUUCUUAUUCUGAAUGUUUGUUUACAUAAUGUAUAGUAUAUAUUCAGAAAGUAUUUUUGCUUCAACAGUUACUUUCUAUAAUGUAGUGCUUUGGUAUUCCCACAGCACCCUACCUUCCCCAACAGAUGUACAGUAUUCUGUCUCAAUGCUAAAUGUACAAUGUAAUGAGUGCAUUGUAUGGGUUUGAAACCAAAGGAUGAAUGAAGCAUUCAGAGACUAUUUAAAGAAAGGGAUACUCUGUGUUUUAUAUUUUAUUAUAGGUACUGAUAUUUGUAAACAUAAUACUGUACCAUGCUGCCGCAUGUUUUCAAGUACUUGUUGAAAGGUAAAGAUUGGGGUGUUGUUUUUUUAAUGGUCACCUAAAGCAGCUGCUAUAGUAAUGUUGAACUAAGCUUCUGCAUCUGGACACACCUUCGUAAAUUUGUCAUCUGCAGAUUUUUUUAUCGUUAUUAAAAUAUAGAUACUUUUAGGCUCUGAAGAUCAUGUGGACCAGAGUAAGUUAAAUUUCAGUUGACGUCACGAUGCAUUGUCAAACUUUAUUGGAAUGCUUUAAUCAUAUUUGAUAAUGUAUGUUCACGCUCAGCUUUAUUUUCAGAUGCUUAACUGGGCAAUGAAGUCUUAACUUCAGGUUGAACUUUCUCAUGCUUUAUCUCAGGCUAACUGUAAAUGAUAUUUGUAAAGUUUGAAUAAAAUUCUGUUUACUCAUUUUGAGUUAAGUAUGAAGAAAAGUGAUUGUAUGCUUAAAAAUGGAAAUUGUUCAUUUUGUGAUAAAUGAUUGAUUCCAAA